AUGAGUCACAGCAGCAUCAGAGUGGGACAAUAUCUGCAGCCGCCGCAGCCGCAGCCGCAGCCGCAGCAGCAGCAGCAGCAGCAGCAGCAGCAGCAGCCGCAGUUGCAGCAGCAGCAGCAGCAGCAGCCGCAGCAGCAGCAGCCGCAGCAGCAGCAGCAGCCGCAGCAGCAGCAGCCGCCCCGGAGCCAGAGCCCGGUCCUCUGUGAGCAGGGUGGAUCCGGCUUCAGCGAUGGCUUCAGCGAUGGUGGAACCGGUGGAAAGAUGGAGAGACAGAGGAGGGAGAAGGAGCCUCUGGUGGAGCCUCUGGUGGAGCCUCUGGUGGAGCCUCUGGUGGAGCAUCUGGUGGAGCCUCUGGUGGAGCCUCUGGUGGAGCCUCUGGUGGAACCUCUGAUGGAGCAUCUGGUGGAGCCUCUGGUGGAGUCUCUGGUGGAGCCUCUGGUGGAGCCUCUGGUGGAGCGUCUGGUGGAGCCUCUGGUGGAGUCUCUGGUGGAGCCUCUGGUGGAGCCUCUGGUGGAGCCUCUGGUGGAGCCUCUGGUGGAGUCUCUGGUGGAGUCUCUGGUGGAGCCUCUGGUGGAGCCUCUGGUGGAGCCUCUGGUGGAGCCUCUGGUGGAGCCUCUGGUGGAGUCUCUGGUGGAGCCUCUGGUGGAGCCUCUGGUGGAGCCUCUGGUGGAGCCUCUGGUGGAGCCUCUGGUGGAGCCUCUGGUUGAGCGUCUGGUGGAGCCUCUAGUGGAGCCUCUGCCUCUGGUGGAGCCUCUGGUGGAGCCUCUGGUGGAGCCUCUGGUGGAGCCUCUGGUGGAGCGUCUGGUGGAGCCUCUGGUGGAGUCUCUGGUGGAGCCUCUGGUGGAGUCUCUGGUGGAGUCUCUGGUGGAGCCUCUGGUGGAGCGUCUGGUGGAGCCUCUGGUGGAGCCUCUGGUGGAGCCUAUGGUGGAGCCUCUGGUGGAGCCUCUGGUGGAGUCUCUGGUGGAGCCUCUGGUGGAGCCUCUGGUGGCCCCUCUGGUGGAGCCUCUGGUGGAGCCUCUGGUGGAGCCUCUGGUGGAGCCUCUGGUGGAGCCUCUGAUGGAGCCUCUGGUGGAGCCUCUGGUGGAGCCUCUGGUGGAGCAUCUGGUGGAGCCUCUGGUGGAGCCUCUGGUGGAGCCUCUGGUGGAACCUCUGAUGGAGCAUCUGGUGGAGCCUCUGGUGGAGUCUCUGGUGGAGCAUCUGAUGGAGCCUCUGGUGGAGUCUCUGGUGGAGCCUCUGGUGGAGCGUCUGGUGGAGCCUCUGUUGGAGUCUCUGGUGGAGCCUCUGGUGGAGCCUCUGGUGGAGUCUCUGGUGGAGUCUCUGGUGGAGCCUCUGGUGGAGCCUCUGGUGGAGUCUCUGGUGUUGUCUCUGGUGGAGCCUCUGGUGGAGCCUCUGGUGGAGCCUCUGGUGGAGCCUCUGGUGGAGUCUCUGGUGGAGCCUCUGGUGGAGCCUCUGGUGGAGCCUCUGGUUGAGCGUCUGGUGGAGCCUCUAGUGGAGCCUCUGGUGGAGCCUCUGGUGGAGCCUCUGGUGGAGCCUCUGGUGGAGCCUAUGGUGGAGCCUCUGGUGGAGCCUCUGGUGGAGCCUCUGGUGGAGCCUCUGGUGGAGCCUCUGGUGGAGCCUCUGGUGGAGCCUCUGGUGGUCAGGCUGGAGAAAACUCACUUUCUAACCACAAUAAUAAUUAUAUGGUUUGUGGUCAUAUCUACAGGUAUCCUCUGA